GUGGGACAGUGCGUCGUGGUCUUCAGCCAAGCUCCCAGUGGAAGAGCCCCUCUGAGUCCCAGUCUGAACUCCCGUCCCUCUCCCAUCAGCGCCACGCCGCCCGCCCUGGUCCCCGAGACACGGGAAUACCGCUCGCAGUCUCCCGUCAGGAACACGGACGAAGUUCCUUGUGUCAACGGUCGCUGGGGCACCUUGAGACCCAGAGCUCAGAGACAAACCCCCUCAGGAUCCAGGGAAGGAAGCCUUUCUCCAGCCAGAGGGGAUAGUUCUCCUGUUCUCAACGGUGGGAGUUUAUCACCUGGAGCCACGGCGGCCGGCGGUGCCUCCUUGGACAGCCCCGUGCAGGUGGUGUCACCUUCUGCAGCUGAAGGAUACGACCUGAAAGUGGGGCUCACCCUGGCACCGCGACGGGGAUCGUUACCAGAGCAAAAAGAUCUGCGUUUGGGAUCCGUCGACUUGAGUUGGGAACAGAAACCGACUUCCAUCAUCUGCCAGAUGGAUGGUGUGGAGGGCAGGACAGUCAACACGAGCGUGAGGAACCCCCCUGAGCAAACCAACGGCGUCCACACGCCGCCCCACCUCGCCAGCUCCCUCCCAGGGGCCGUGUCCCCCGGAGCGCUCCGAAGGAGCUUGGAAGCUGUCAAAGCUCUUUCUUCCAAAGGCUCCUCAGCUUCUGCAGCGUUGAGUCCUCCCCUGGCUUCUUCCCCAGGCUCUCCAGGUGCUGAGAUGGGCUCGGCAGCACGUCCGGGCUCUACCCAAGGUGAUGGCCAUUCCUUACCUCCCAUCGCCCGUCGGCUGGGCCACCACCCACCUCAAUCCCUCAACGUGGGGAAGCCUUUAUACCAGAGCAUGAACUGCAAACCCAUGCAGAUGUACGUGUUGGACAUUAAAGACACCAAGGAAAAAGGACGAGUCAAAUGGAAAAUAUUCAACAGCAAUUCAGUGGUGGGACCACCCGAAACCAGUUUACACACGGUGGUGCAAGGCAGAGGGGAAUUAAUCAUAUUCGGUGGCCUGAUGGACAAGAAACAAAACGUCAAAUAUUAUCCCAAAACAAAUGCCUUGUACUUUGUGCGAGCAAAAAGAUAA